AUGUCCUUUUUUAAAAAGGACCGUACUAGAAAAUCCAGUCGUGGGUCAAGCUCGUCCCACUCCAGCAAUGACAGCGAUAUUCAGAACGAUGGUUCGGAAGGACGUGGGAAUGGAUCUUGGUUACAAGCGACGAGCAGUCUCCGUCCGACAAACGGGACGUCAAAAAUCAGUAGCGGACGGUUAUUGGGUGGUUCUACUCACCGGUCAGAUGAUGAUAGCACAGAGACCCGUCAGAAUGAAGACAACGCUGCGAGAGCAGCAUCCUCAAAGCUGCACUCAAUAGAAUGCCAGAAGCAUCCAGGACACAAAGAAUUUAUCCCUGUUGGUAAGCUUCAACCCCAUCACUUGCCUCCCCCUUAUCGAACCGAAAACUGGGUAAGAUUCCUCAGACUAAAGGGCGAGGAAACCGUGCACAUUUCUGUGUCCUAUACAAGUAACAACAGACCGGAGGAGCUUGGUUUUCAAGACUUGAGAGGAACAACCAAGGUGCGCAUAGGUAGCGGUACUGCUUUCAUUAUGAACAUGGAGAACACUGAAGAUUGCUACUGUGGUGAAAUAGAGGGCGCGCAUAAAGUCAGCGGCAGUUUCAAGGUGAUGACUGUUGCACACGUUGUUUUUGAUGAUGCCGAGGCACAGAGCACGUUUAUUAAAUUUUUCUUAGACGAUGACAGCGAUAGCACUGCCGUGGUAACCGCUAGAGGUGAGAGGGUCAGUCACAUAGACAUUCAGAGAAAUAGAUCGGUUAUUGAGUGCAGGACUCAUGACCUCACCUUGUUCCAGCGGCUAUCAAAUUCCAGGAAUGAACGAAUGCGAUUGAUACAGAACUCUCUGUCAACCGAGGUUAACCAUGAACCAAUGGUUGUGUUAAUUUCACACCCUCAUGGGAUGUCCAAAUGCGUUUCCAUAGGCAGGCUUCUGGCUAUUCAGGAAGAGGGUGAUGUCAAGACAACCCAGGAGGGAGUUGAGCUGAUUGGCUGUUUUCUAGCUUAUGACACACCCACAUGCCCCGGAGCAGGUGGGGGUUCCAUAAACUUGAUCGGUAAAGGGGAAGUUUGUUACGCCUUCGCCCCUCAUUGUGCUUCUCACAGUGAUGGGAAAAAUACAAGUGGUCUGGGCUGGACCAAGUAUGUUAAAUCUCUGGAGCUUAGGCGUUAG